CAACAGGUUGGUGGAUUUAGAGAAAGAUUAAACCAAUCUGCUUAACUAUUCACACGGUCUGGGCGGACGAGCUAAGGGAGCCUGUGUCACUACAGGCAGUGAUGUAUGUUAUGGACCAUUACAGCAGCGAUGACUGAGUUCCUCUGAGGGGGGUUGGAUGUAGGUCUUUGGUGCGGUGGUGAUCCCUCUUGGGGGGUGAGAGGGACGAGCCAUGGGGUACCAGGUGAAGCUCCUCCUGUGGAAGAACUGGACCAUUCGCAAGAGACAGAAGGGGCGCUUCUUCAUGGAGAUCAUGUGGCCUGUGACGCUGUUCAUAGGACUGGUGUGGUUGAGGGGAGCCCAUCCCCCGUACCGCCAACACGAAUGCCACUUCCCCAACAAGGCCAUGCCCUCCGCUGGGGUCCUACCGUGGAUCCUGGGGAUCUUCUGCAACGCCAACAACCCCUGCUUCCAGUACCCCACCCGCGGUGAAGCCCCGGGGCUGGUGUCCAACUACAACAACUCCAUAUUGGCCAGGUUCUACUCGGAUGCCCAGGACAUUUUGUUCAGCCAGCCGGAGUUCCUUCAGCUGGGCCGUCUCUGGAGAGAACUGACAGCCAUGAGCACCUUCAUGGACACCCUGCGCACCCACCCUGAACAGAUGGCAGGCCGUGGUGUGAAGGUGGAGGACAUCCUGCAGGACGACGAAGUGCUCACCUCCUUCCUCCUGAGGGACGUGCCUCUCACUCAAUCGGUGGUCUACAAUCUGGUCAACGCCCAGAUCCGACCUGAGCAGUUUGCCGGCGGCGUGCCUGACCUGCACCUGAAGGACAUCGCCUGUAGCCUGAGUCUGCUGGAGCGCUUCCUGGUGUUCCAAAGCCGCCGCGGCCUCCACGCCGUCCGCAACGCCAUGUGCAUCCUGACGCCCCAGCGGCUGCAGACAAUCGAGGACCGCCUCUACGCCAACGUCGACUUCUUCAAACUCUUUCGGCUGCUUCCCCGUGUGCUGGACCAUCACUCCGAUGGCAUUGACGUCCAUUUCUGGGCCAGGGUUUUCUCCACACUGCCUGGAAAACUACAAGAGCUGUGGGACAGGAACAGCUCCAGGGACCUGGUCCGGGCGGUGGCGCCGCUGCUCCGGGACGGGCCCCUGUCCUUCGGGGGCCUGAUGUCGGCCGCCUCGGGCCUGGUGUGCGGCUACAGCGAGGGGGCCUUUGCGCGGGUCACCUCCUUCAACUGGUACGAGGACAACAACUACAAGGCCUUCAUGGGCAUCAACAGCUCCAGGAGCCACGCCCACUACGCCUAUGACCACAGCACCACUCCCUUCUGUAAUGACAUGAUGCAGGAGCUGGAGUCGGACCCGGUCACCAGGAUAGUGUGGAGCUCCCUGAAGCCCAUGCUGAUGGGACGCAUCCUCUACUCCCCCGACUGCCCCGCCACCGCAGACAUCAUCCACAAUGCCAACAGCACAUUUGAGGAGCUGGGACGGCUAAGGAGGAUGGGCCGGGCCUGGGAGGAGGUGGCCUCUCAGGUCUGGAGCUACUUCCAGGAGGGGGUCCAGGUCACCAUGCUGCGGGACUCCCUCCGUAACCCUAAGGUGAAGAGCUUCAUCGACCGAGCCCUGGAGGACACGCCCUUCUCCUCCCAUCACAUCCUUGACUUCCUGUACAACGGGCCGGCCCGCGGCCGACCCGACCGCAUGGCCCCCUUCGACUGGAGGGACGUUUUCAACCUCACCGACCGGGUCGUCCACAUGCUGAACCAGUACGGCGAUUGUCUGAUCCUGGAUAAGUUUGUGGCCGUGCCGGACGAGGAGACGGUCACCCGCCGGGCCCUGGGUCUGCUGGGGGAGGGCAAGUUCUGGGCCGGGCUGGUCUUCAUGGACAUGGACCCCCGGACCACCAAGGUCCCGCCUCACGUCAAGUUCAAAAUCCGCAUGGACAUCGACGCAGUGGAACGCACCAAUAAGAUCAAAGACAGGUACUGGGACCCGGGACCCCGGGCGGACCCCAUGGACGACCUGCGCUACGUCUGGGGCGGCUUCGCCUACCUCCAGGACAUGGUGGAGCACGGGGUCAUCCACAGCCACACCGGCGCGGCGCAGCCCAUGGGCGUGUACCUGCAGCAGAUGCCCUAUCCCUGCUAUGUGGACGACCUGUUCAUGCUGACUCUGAGCCGCUGCUUCCCCGUGCUGGCGGUGCUGGCCUGGGUGUUCUCCGUCUCCAUGACGGUGAAGAGCAUCGUGCUGGAGAAGGAGCUGCGCCUCAAGGAGACCCUGAAGGCGGCCGGGGUCACCAACGGGGUCAUCUGGUGCACCUGGUUCAUCGACGGCUUCCUCACCAUGACGACCAGCACCGCCCUCCUCACCGCCGUCAUCAUGGGAGGCCGGGUGCUGCACUACAGCGACCCCCUCAUCGUCUUCCUCUUCCUGCUGAGCUUCUCCACGGCCACCCUGGCGCAGUGCUUCCUGCUGAGCGUGUUCUUCAACCAGGCCAACGUGGCGGCGGCGUGCAGCGGCGUGCUCCACCUGGCCCUCUACUUGCCCCACCUGCUCUGCUUCGCCUGGCAGGACCGCGUCACCCGCGACAUGAAGGUCCUGGUGAGCCUUCUGUCCCAGGUGGCGUUCGGCCUGGGCACAGAGUACCUGUCCCGCUAUGAGGAGCAGGGCCUGGGCCUGCAGUGGGACAACAUGGGCACCAGCCCCCUGGAGGGGGAUGAGUUCUCUUUCCUGUCCUCCAUAGGAAUGAUGAGCCUGGACACGCUGCUGUACGCCGUGCUGGCCUGGUACCUGGACCACGUCUUCCCUGGACAGUAUGGAAUUGGUCGGCCAUUUUAUUUCCCAGUUCUUCCAUCUUACUGGGUGACUAGUGUGACGCAAAGGCCAGGUCCUCCGGUGCAGAAGAGCUUCAGCCACCCCAGCGAAGAGCCCGGGCAGGAGAGGCCCCAGGGCCUGGCCCAGGCCCCUGAGGAGCCAGGCUACCGUGAGCAUGUGAACGGGCGGGACCCGAUGGAAAAGGGGCCCCGGAGCCACACGACUGGGGAGAGGAAAGAGAGAAAGGAAGCCAAUGGCCAGUCCUUCUUCGAGGCCGAGCCAGACGGCCUGGUGGAGGGGGUGUGUAUUCGAGACCUGGUGAAGAGGUUCGGCUCUGGGUCCCCGCCUGCCGUGGACGGCUUGAGUCUCAGCUUCUACGAGAGCCAGAUCACCGCCUUCCUGGGCCACAACGGGGCUGGGAAGACCACCACCAUGUCUAUCUUGACUGGCAUGUUUCCUCCCACCUCGGGGACAGCCACCAUCUAUGGGAGGGACAUCCACACAGACAUGGACACCAUCCGCCUAUCCCUGGGCAUGUGUCCGCAGCACAACAUCCUCUUCAAGGACAUGACGGUAGCAGAGCACAUCCUCUUCUACUCCCUGCUGAAGGGCCGCGGUGCCAAGGAGGCUCAGGAGGAGGUGGAGGACAUGCUGCAGAACCUCACGCUGCGCCACAAGAGAACCGAGCUGGCCCAGAACCUCUCAGGGGGCAUGCAGAGGAAACUAUCUGUUGCCAUGGCAUUUGUGGGUGGGGCCAAGGUGGUGAUCCUGGAUGAGCCCACGUCGGGCGUGGACCCCUACUCCAGACGCUCCAUCUGGGACCUGCUGCUUAAAUACCGUGAAGGGCGCACAGUAAUCCUGUCCACGCACCACAUGGACGAGGCCGACCUGCUGAGCGACCGAGUGGCCAUCAUCUCCCGCGGCCGCCUCCACUGCUGUGGCUCGCCCCUCUACCUCAAGACCCUGCUGGGGACGGGCUUCUACCUCACGCUGGUGCGCCGCCGAAAGCAUGAGGCCCCCAAGCCCGGGAGCGACUGCACUGACGACUGUAUGUCUUCCAAGUGCUCCCAGCUCCGGGAGGCGCCGGGGCCCGCGGGCGAGGACCAGAUGGACGGCGACGUGGAGCGCAUCACCCGCCUGGUGAGGCACCACGUGAGCGAGGCCAGUCUGGUGGAGGCGGUGGGCCAGGAGCUCACCUACCUGCUGCCCCAGAGGGACUUCCAGCCGCGGGCCUAUGCCAGCCUCUUCAGAGAGCUGGAGGAGAGCCUCUCCGACCUCGGACUCAGCAGCUUCGGAGUGUCCGACACCUCGCUGGAGGAGAUUUUCCUCAAAGUGACGACCGGUGGUAACUUGACUAUACGCAAAUGUCUACAAGGUGGGGUUUCCCACACCAACGGCCAGGGGUCAUGUGAAGAGUUAGACGCGGGCCGGGGCUCUUACCAGGUCAGGGGCCCGGGUCUGGUGUUGAAUCAGUUCUACGCUCUGCUGAUCAAGCGGCUCCACCACGCCACGCGCUCACACAAAGACUUCUUUGCACAGAUUGUGUUGCCAGCCAGCUUUGUCUUCCUGGCCCUGACGUUCACGGGUAUUGUACCCCCUUUUGGGGAGUACCCCAGCCUGACCCUCAGUCCCUGGAUGUACGGCCGGCAGUUCACCUUCUUCAGUAACGAGCGGCCCCUGGAUGCCCAGAUGAGGUACUUUGGGGAGGUGCUGCUCAAUCGGCCCGGCUUCGGGACCCGCUGCAUGGCCGAAGAACCCCUGCAAGACUUCCCCUGCAACAACAUCACCACAGGGUGGGAGAUGCCUCUGGUCAGCCCGGGCCUCAUCGAGGCCCUGGAGGGGCCCUGGUGGAACGCCCUGCGGCCCUCGCCCGACUGCCAGUGCAGCACGCCACAGAAACUCACCAUGCUGCCCUCGUGUCCUGAGGGGGCCGGAGGUCUCCCACCCCCCCAGAGAAUCCAGUCCACAGGCGAUGUUUUGAUGGACUUGACGGGCAGGAACAUCUCAGACUACCUAGUCAAGACCUACCCCAGACUCAUCAAGAGCAGCUUAAAAAGCAAGUAUUGGGUCAACGAGCAAAGGUAUGGAGGCAUAUCGGUUGGAGGACAGCUUCCUGUUCUUGAGGUGGAACCCAAGACAAUACAGGAUGUAGCAGCACAAGUGGGGCUUCUACUGAAUGUUACCGGGGGUGAAUCCUGCAGACAAACUCUGAAGGACAUAGGAAUCUUCCUCAGGUACAUGGAGACCAAGAACAAUGUCAAGGUGUGGUACAACAACAAGGGCUGGCACGCCAUGGUCUCCUUCAUGAACGUGGCCAACAACGCCAUCCUGCGGUCGGCGCUGCCCCGCGCCGCCCCCCUGGAUCAGUAUGGGGUCACGGCCGUCAACCACCCGCUGAACCUGACCCGGCAGCAGCUCACCGAGGUCACCGUGCUGAGCACAGCGGUGGACGCGGCGGUGGCGGUCUGCGUCAUCUUCUCCAUGUCCUUCAUCCCAGCCAGCUUCCUCCUCUACCUCAUCCGGGAGCGUGCAACUCAGGCCAAGCACCUGCAGUUCGUCAGCGGGGUCAGCCCCCUGGUGUACUGGCUGGCCAACUACCUGUGGGACAUGGUCACCUAUUCUGUGUCCGCCGCCAUGGUGGUCGGGGUCUUCAUGUACUUCAACAAGAAGUGCUACACGUCCCCCACCAACGUUCAGCCCCUCGUGGCUCUGCUCAUGCUCUACGGGUGGUCCGUGACACCCAUGAUGUACCCCAUGUCCUACAUGUUCAGUGUUCCAAGCACAGCCUAUGUCUCUCUCUCCUGCAUCAACCUCUUCAUCGGCCUCAACAGCAGCACCAUCACCUUCAUCCUGGACCUGUUCCCAAGCACCACGGGCCUGUACAAGUGUAACCAGCUGCUUAAGAGCUUGCUGCUUGCCUUCCCCCACUACUGCCUGGGCCGGGGCUUGAUAGACAUGGCCAUGAACCAGGCUGUGGCUGAGGUCUACAACCACUUCGGCGAGGAGUACACUCCAGACCCGUACAGCUGGAACUACCUGGGGAAAAACCUGGCCUGCAUGGCGGCAGAAGGCUUUAUCUACUUCACCCUGACCAUCCUCAUCCAGUACCGCUUCUUCCUCAACCACUGGAUCCCAGACUCCGUCCAGCCUCCGAUGCUGGCGGAGGAUAUGGAUGUGGAUCAGGAGAGAGAGCGUAUCUACAAAGGAGGAAACACCAGCGAUAUCUUGUGCAUCAAAGACCUCUCCAAGACGUACAAGGGCAGUACCACUCCCGCUGUGGACAGGAUCUGCUUAGGCGUGUCACCUGGAGAGUGUUUCGGUCUUCUGGGGGUGAACGGUGCGGGGAAGACCACCACCUUCAAGAUGUUGACGGGUGACAUCGACGUGAGCUGGGGCGAGGCCUCGGUCAGAGGCCACAGUAUACUGACCAACAUCCUGGACGUGCACCAGAACAUGGGCUACUGCCCCCAGUUCGACGCCAUUGAUGAGCUGCUGACGGGCAGGGAGCACCUGAACCUGUACGCCCGCCUCAGUGGAGUGCCCGAGUACGAGGUCGCCCGGGUGUCAGAGUGGGCCAUCUGGAAGCUGGGGCUGUCGGAGUACGCGGGACGCAGCGCCGGGACGUACAGCGGAGGCAACCGGAGGAAGCUGUCCACCGCCAUCGCCAUGAUAGGCUGCCCUGCCCUGCUGCUGCUGGAUGAGCCGACCACAGGCAUGGACCCCCACUCCAAGCGCUUCCUGUGGAACUCCAUCAUGAGCGUCAUUCAGGACAAGCGCGCCGUCGUCCUCACGUCCGACAGUAUGGAGGAGUGUGAGGCCCUGUGUACCCGGCUAGCCAUCAUGGUCAAUGGGUCCUUCAAGUGUCUGGGCACUAUUCAGCAUCUCAAGUACAAGUUUGGUGACGGCUACAUGGUGACCAUGAAGAUCCGGGGGGCGGCGCCGGGCCUCAGUCCGGACCUGAACCCCGCAGAGGACUUCAUGGAGGACGUGUUCCCCGGCUGCGUGCAGCGGGAGAGGCACCACAACACGCUGCAGUACCAGGUCAGCUGCUCCUCCCUGGCCAGGAUCUUCCAGACGCUGCUGGUCAACAAGGAGCAGCUCCACAUCGAGGACUACUCGGUGUCCCAGACCACCCUGGACCAGGUGUUUGUGAACUUUGCCAAGCAGAAGCUGAGAGGCGAAGAGUCUAUCGUGUUGCACCCCAGGGCGGCCGGGGCGCGGCGACAGGUCAAGGUCGCGCCCCUGAAGAGGAAGUGAAGCUCCGCCGUUCACCUCUGCAGGAAGAGUGUGUGUGUGUGUGUGUGCGUGCGUGCGUGUGUGUGUGUGUGUGUGUGUAGGGGUCAUCAACAACAUUGGUGCUGAUCUACUGGUUCCUGCCAGGUCAACAGAGUCUGCCCGACUUCCAAAGGCUGUGUCACCGUGACAUGCCUGUGCCUACUGAAGGGGUCCCCUGGCCCCAACGACCGAAUUGACAGAAAUCACUGGAAUCCUCUUUUCUCCACGUAGGGAGAACAAUUGUAAAGUUCACAUCGUCUGACGUGAACACAGAUUAAGUAUGACAGAGAUGAUCAAACCUGCAUUGAGAUUUUCAUUUGAGCUGUACUGUCUGAAGUUCAGGCGCCAGGCUGUGACUUAUGCUGCAGUGGCCAAAGGAGGUGAACCUUCUUUGUUCUGCCUUUCUGUGAGAAAGGGAAUGUAGGCUGAGGGGAGGUGAAGGCUGAGCACCUUAUUGAUGCAGCCCUGGUGGAAGCUCCAAGAGGCCCUUUUUGUUACCAAGUUGGAGAGUCGUGUAUGCAUUGUGUUGCCGAUGAAGUUGCAUAAUGCUGCUGCUGCUAAUGAUUCCAUUGAAUAAUGUUUUAAUUAUAAUUCAUGUUAUUAUAAUUAGCUAUUCAGAUGUUGAUUUUUGUCCAUGCGUUUUUUACCAUGGGCAUCUUUGUUGCUUGAAUAUCCACAUUUCUGUCUGCUUAUGAAUGAAGCUCAUCAGUAGGUCAUUAAAGGGGUGUUCCUGAGAGAAGCAAUUUUGUAGAAUAAAAGCCCUUUUAAAAAAUAGGUAA